AUUUUAAACUGGAGUUGGAUAUUUGUGGAGGUCCUAAAUAUAAAUGGAGCUCUAAAUUUUGUGGAAUGUUUGCUUCCGACCUGCAAUCUACUCGCGUACAUGAACGUGGUGCGAAAGCGAUCCCGUGCCCUUGCCUCGUAAAGCAGUAUUCCGGACUCAACCGCAAACACGUUAACAAGUGAUAAGACCGCAAGGGAGGCGGGGCAGGAAAUCAUUGUGUUUCUUCCAUUUAGCGUAACACCAGUUUUACUUUACCUAUAAGUGACUGUAACAAAAAUCCUGUUUAAGAUACUACACAAAGUGCUAAUGAUGUAUGAUCCGAGUGAGAAAAGAAUAGAUAUCGAAAAUAAACUUGAAAGGGAGAUGAAAAAUCUUAAGAUACUUAAAGAAAAAGUAACCAGAUGCAAUCAUUUAACUAAAGGAAUGAAGAAGAUUUUGUCUUCUAGUGAUAAUCGUUUAGCUCAUUUAGAAGAAACAAUUGUUCCAAUUUAUAAACAAACAGGAAGCCUUCAAAAUCAGUACAGAAAUCUCAAGCACACUUUAAAGGUUUUAGAUCAUGUAAUUGUAUUUUAUGACACAAGUAAACAAAUGGAACCUAUUAUUCGAGCUGGGCCAAGUAUUAAUAUAAAUGGGGAGUCACGUUUGCAAAAUUUUCUACAAGCAAUGGAAAAACUUCAGUCUGCAAUGGAAUAUUUUCGAACUCAUAAUGCUGAUAGUGCAGAAUAUUGUAAAGCGAAAUCAUUAUAUAAUUUGGGUGCUGAUGCCCUGAAUAAAGAAUUUAAGGAACUAUUAAAUCACUAUAGUGAACCUGUUCCUCUCCUGACAUUACUUGAUAUUGUCAGCCCCACUGAAGAAACAGAAAGAAAAUCUGAAUCAAUAUCCCUCAGCCAGAUACCAGAGCAUAUUUACAUAGAAUUACAAAAUAUUGCAGCGUGGCUUAAGGAAAAUUCCAGUGAUGAGUAUGUUGAAGUGUUUGAGAAAAAAACAAAGAAAAUGUUGUUGAGAUCUUCUUCAAGCACUGAGCAUUUGUAUUUUACCUCUAGCAAUCGAAGAUCUGGCACCCUUGCAGAGGAUGUUGUAGAUGAGCAGGAAAUGGUGAAUUAUCUUAUGUGCUUCACUGCACUACAAAAAAUGAUGCAAAAUGAGAAACUACAGAUGUCUGGCAUUAUUCCAGUAAAUGCUCAAUCAAAUGCCUUUGAGAGCCUUGUUGAAAAUGCACUCAAUUUGGUUGUUCAGGAUGGAGAGAGUAUUGCCACAAGAGCUAAAAAGUGCAUUAGUCAUCAUGAAUUUUCUACUUUGCUAAUAGUGUUUCCUAUUCUUAAACAACUUCAAUUGAUGCUUCCUGAAUACAAGGAAACCGUGAAAGAAUGCAGUGAGGAUGUCAUAUCAAAAUUCUCAGCUACUUAUGAUAUAUUACACAGCAUUGCAGCAAAAGCUUUGGAUGACUUUGUUGAAAGCAUACACUCUGAUUCAAAUACUCGAUUACCACAGGAUGGAACUGUUCAUGAACUCACAAGUAAUACACUUGUUUUCUUAGAACAAUUGUUUGAUUUUGCUGAUAUGAUUGGAGGGAUUCUGGCCCAGAAAUUUGAGUACAACAAUGCUCUAACAAUAGCUCUAAUAUCACAGCUAGUUGCUGGCUAUGGAGAGAGAGAUAAAAACAAAAUCAUUUUGGGAAUGUACAUACAAAAAGUACUGAAUGAGUUGCACCAAACAUUGUGCAACAAAAGUAAAUUGUAUAGUGACAUUUAUCUUCAAACAAUCUUUCGACUCAACAAUACUCAUCAAAUUCUGAAAAGUAUAAAACAAUCAGGUUUACUCGAUUUUGUGCUGUUAUCCAGACCUGAUUUUGAAACUUAUUAUCUCAAGAUGAUCAAUGAUGACAAGGAAACAUACACACAAAGCUGGAAAAAAAUUCUGGAAAAUAUUUGGCCCCUUGAUGUUCUCCCUGGGGCAAAUGCUGGAGUUUCUAAAUUAAAAGACAAGGACAGGGCAGUAAUCAAAGAAAAAUUUGCUAGUUUUAACAAAUAUAUGGAAGAGAUUGUAAAACUUCAGCAUGGUUAUUAUAUAGCAGACGAAGAGUUGAGAAAUAACAUGAAAGAAGAUAACAAAAAUUUACUUCUUCCAAAAUACAAAGAAUUUUAUGAAAAGGAUGAUAAAUAUUUGUUUGAAACAUGGACAUAUGGAGCUUUUAAUUAAUAAGGCAACAAACUUAUAGCAAAUACUCCUAAGCUAUUUCUACUUACCCUCAACCACUAAAAAAAUAUCUGUUGCUACCAGAAGUCCCAGUGAUCCUUUCUUCAUGUAAUUUGUUGUUUGGGUUAAAAUUAAUAGAAAAAAAAAGUUAUUGAAUCACAAAUAUUGUACUUCAUAAACAGUAUCUGGGUGACAUUCACUGAAAUAUGUUUGUUUCAUUGUUUAACUACUUUUGCUAAGUAGUAAUACAAGUUAUUUAUUUAUAUAUUGAUAAUUCUAAACUGAUGUUUAAAUGUAUGGCUAUGUAGAAACUGAAACCCCACAACAAAAACAAAAAAUGCAAUAAUAAACAAUUACACU